AUUAUUCUUUCAUUUUGGGCAGUGGAGUGCUAAACCCCUAAACCCCACCCUCACAAACCCUAAAAAUGUCAUCUUUUCUCGCUCUCCGCCGUGUCCGCUCCUUCUCUUCCGCCACCGCUGCCGCCGUCACCUCCACCGCACCCGCCACCGACGCCGUAUCUGACGCGACCGCCGCAUCAGUUCUAACAAUCUCGCGAGCCAAAUACAAACUCCGAACGGAAUACGAUCCCGACAAAGCGCUAGAAAUCUACGCCACCGUCUCCGAGCACUACACCUCCCCUCUCUCCUCUCGCUACGCUCAAGAUCUCACCGUCAAGCGUCUCGCCAGAGCUCGAAGAUUCAAAGACAUUGAAAAACUAAUUGAGUCUCACAAAAAUGAUCCUAAAAUAAAACAAGAGCCUUUUCUCACUACUCUUAUUCGAUCGUACGGUCUCGCUGGAAUGUUUAAUCACGCUCUGAAUACUUAUAAUCAGAUGGAUGAGCUCGGCACGCCUCGGACAGCCGUUUCGUUUAACGGAUUGCUUUCGGCUUGUAAUUGCUCCAAGUUGUUUGGCAAAGUGCCUCAGCUGUUUGAGGAAAUGUCGGAGAAGCACGGGCUGAAGCCGAAUAAGUUCUCGUAUGGGAUUCUGAUUAAGGCGUAUUGUGAGAUUGGUUCGCCUGAGUUGGGGAUCGAGAGGAUGAGGGAAAUGGAAGAGAAGGGGAUUGAGGUUACUGCGGUUGUGUUUACAACGAUUUUGCAUAGUUUGUAUAAGAGGGGGAAUGUUGAGGAGGCGGAGAGGCUUUGGGAUGAGAUGGUAAGGAAAAAGUGUGAGUUGGAUGUUGGGGCUUAUAAUGUGAGGCUUAUGCAUGCGCAUAAUGGUGAGCCCGAGAGUGUGAAGAAGCUUAUUACUGAAAUGAGUGAUGCUGGGAUUAAACCAGAUACGAUUAGUUAUAAUUAUUUGAUGAAUUGUUAUUGUGAGAAUGGGAUGAUGGCGGAGGCGAAGAAGGUUUAUGAAGGGUUGGAGGGUAAUUGUUGCAAUCCUAAUGCAGCAACGUUUAGGACAUUUAUUGCUCACUUGUGUAAUAAAGAGAUGUUUGAGUACGGGUAUAAGGUGUUCAAGAAGAGUGUGUCGUUGAACAAGAUACCGGACUUUGGUACUUUGAAGCCUUUGGUGGAGGGCUUAGUGAAGAAGUCCAAUAAGAAGGAUGCGAAGGGAUUGAUUCGCACGUUGAGGAAAAAGUUCCCCCAAAAGAUUUUGAAAGCUUGGGAUCAAGUUGAGGUGGAACUUGGAUUGAUCAGUACUGAUUCUGCUGAAGAUAACACUAAGGCACCAAGAACGUGAUUCAUUGGGAUUCAAUUUUUGUUUUGCUUAAAAGACCUCAAUGUUCAAUCCAGGAUUUUCUCUGGAUUGAAUAAAUUUGGUGGUUUUGUACGUAAGAAAGGUCUGAAAGGGCGACAAGAUUUGUAGCCGAGCUCUGCCUUUGGAUAUGACUUGAUGUCAAUGUUAAUGCUUUUUUCCCCCCCUGUAUUUCAGCACUUCCGCGGCACUUAUGUUUUAUAUGAUGUAUUUUUAGCUGGAUGGAACUUGGAAGCAUACACAUGAUAAAGAUUAUAAUUUGUUCUA